AUGGAUACAUCUAUGUGGACUUAUAUAUUUUGUCUUUUCGUGGUUGCUUGUCGAGUAAAAUUGACUCGAUCAACAGUUUUAGAAUCGAUAUACUGGAAUACUUCGAACACCAAGUUUGUUCCAGGAAGGGGUGUAGUGCUAUACCCUCAGAUCGGAGACAAAAUGGACAUUGUGUGUCCAAGAAUCAAGGCAGGCUCCACCGAGCAGAUGAACAUCGAAUACUUCCGUGUCUAUCUUGUUCCCAAAGAACAAUUGGAGACCUGUAGUGUUACUAAAAGCGACAUGUUACUGCUCAACUGUGACAAGCCGGACCAGGACGUGAAGUUCACCUUCAAGUUUCAAGAGUUCAGCCCCAACCUGUGGGGCCUGGAGUUCUUCAAAGGAAAGGACUAUCACAUCAUCUCCACAUCCAACAGCACAUUUGAAGGUUUGGACAACAUUGAUGGUGGUGUUUGUAAGUCCAAAUCCAUGAAGCUGGUUCUGAGAGUUGGACAGAGUCCAACAGAUUCAAUCUCAACAAAAAAUCAUCCCACAAGACAUCCUCCGAAACACCCUGACAAUAAGGACCAAAACACCUUCAGCAAAGAGAAUGACGUUGUCAGCAAAAUUGACUCUACACAGAAUGGCGAGUCCGGAGGGAAGAGCGGAGAGUCUGUCGGAUCUGCUGGAUCGGAAGUAGCCCUGUUUGCUGGUGUUGCAUCCGGUGCCGUCAUCUUCAUCAUCAUCAUCAUUGCUCUUGUAGCACUCCUUCAUCGGCGUCAUCAGAAACACUCUGCGCAGUGCUCUGCCCAGUUGCCAUUAAACACUCUGCCCAAACGCGGAAGCGCCGCCAGUGGCUUGAGCAACAAUAACGGCUCUGAGCCGAGUGACAUCAUCUUUCCACUGCGGACCUCAGGAAGCAUGUACUGCCCGCACUACGAGAAGGUCAGUGGUGACUACGGACACCCUGUCUACAUCGUCCAAGAAAUGCCACCACAAAAUCCUGCAAACAUCUACUACAAAGUUUGACAGAGCAUGGACAAGCUACGGACACUGACACGAGUGAUGCCGCUCAGAUCAGUUGCUUGUUGCAGUUGAUUUAGCCCUGUCGGCUGGAUGCUACAAGGGCCGAAGUGUUGUCUAGUUCAGAAGAACUCAUUCUUUGGUGGUCAUGAGGCCUGGUUUCUGGAUUAGAUGCUGGUGCACGUGGGAAUUUGCUCUCUGUUUAUACCUUAACAUUGAAAACUGGAUGACUUUCAAAGCAUAGAGCAAAUGAACAAGCCAUGAAGAA